CGCUGGGAACACCGCAAAACACCCCCAAAACACCCGAAAACACCCCGAAAACACCCCAAAAAAAAUGUUCAGACCCGUGCUCAGAGCCUCGGUGCGCCAUCACGCCGCCCGCGCCUUUUCCACGGCCAGACAGCCGCGUGCAGUGCCUCGAACGGGCCUCGCUGCCUCUGCCGGGUUGGCCGUGCUAUUUUCGUCUGUUUUCGUCUCGGCAAACGCCGUGCACAACGACACGGACACGGAGCGGCUCGUGGCGGAGCAGGUGCUCGCGGAGAACGAGGCGGAGCGCGAGAAAACCGCGUUUGAAUUGACCGGGUUCUCCGAGGCCCAGGGCGAGGAGUUGGCGGCGCCGGUGAACGCCACCGAGGCGCAGGAAAUCGCGGCGGACGCGACCGGCGCCGAGCCCGGCGCCGACAACGGCGGGUCCCAGGCCGCGGCUUUCAACCCGGAAACGGGCGAGAUCAACUGGGACUGCCCCUGCUUGGGAGGCAUGGCGGACGGGCCCUGCGGCGAGGAGUUCAAGGCCGCGUUUGCCUGUUUCGUCUACUCGGAGACCGAGCCCAAGGGCAUUGACUGUAUCGGCAAGUUCGAGGCCAUGAGGACCUGUUUCAGACAGCACCCGGAGCACUACAAGGAGGAGUUGUACGAGGACGACGAGCCAGUGCCCUCCACCGAGACCGAGCGCCAGGAUUCGGAGCAGCCUGCCGCCGAUGCUGCGGCCAAGGACCAUGCGCUUGAAACCGCGUCUCCGGACAUGCCGGCCACGGAGGACGUUUCCAAGGUGGCCUAGAGGAAGCCUGGAGGAAGCCUGGAGGAAGCCUGGUGGAGCCGGC